UUUGUUAUUGCUCCAGUCCGUGCGCUGAAGCAUGACAAGAGCUCAAACUCGGCAAACUUCCAAGAUGUGGAGGAUACGCCUGGCAGAUGUGUCUUGGAAGAGUCCGAGAGUCCAGGUGAGAGGCAUUUAAAGAUGGUCACCAAGUACCAAGUGAUAAAUCUGACACAGCUUUUGGGUCUGUAA